AUGGCUACUGAGGCUACAACGACUCUUGUGGCAUCCACGUCGGCCCUCGAACCGCCGGUGAACCGCGCGACCUUCGCCUCACUCGGCGUUGAACCGUUCCUCUGCAAGGCGCUCCAGGCCAUGGCAAUCCGCAAGCCGACCGGCGUGCAGGCUGCCUGCAUUCCACAGAUCCUCGCAGGCGCCGACUGCAUCGGUUCCGCUCAGACGGGUUCGGGAAAGACGAUUGCGUUCGCACUGCCGAUCAUGCAGGCGCUCUCGCGGGAUCCGUACGGCGUCUUUGGCGUCGUCCUCACCCCCACCCGAGAGCUUGCCUUCCAGAUCGGCGAGCAGUUUCGCGUCCUUGGCGCAUCGAUGAACCUGCACUCGACCGUCAUCGUCGGCGGGAUGGACAUGAUGCACCAGGCUAUCGAGCUGAGGAAGCAGCCGCACAUCAUCAUCGCCACGCCCGGACGGCUGGUCGACUUGAUGAAGAGCAAUCAGGGCGAGUUCAGUUUGGGGCGUGUCAAGUUCCUCGUUCUCGACGAAGCCGACCGUCUCCUCACGUCCACCUUCGCACCCGAACUCUCUUACAUCAUCGACCAGCUCCCCUCGACCCGGCAAACUCUCCUCUUCACCGCAACGCUCACCGAACCCGUCCUCGCGCUUCAGAACAAGCCGCAAACGCCCGGCAAGCCCAAGGUGUUCACGCAUGUCUCGCGCGAGGUCAUCACGACGCCGGCGGGCUUGACGCAGCGUUACGUAUUCAUCCCGAGCCAGGUCAGGGAGGUCUACCUCACCUACCUUCUCAUCAACCUGUGCGCCCUCACCGGCGCGCAACCCUUACACGCCCCCGCGCCAUCCAAGCCUUCCGGCAAAGGCUCGAGCUCGGCAUCGAAGAAGCGCGAAGAGGCCGAAGACACCGGCCCCGUCCUGCCACAAACGAUCCUCUUCGUCCCACACUGCCGCACCGCCGCCCUCCUCCACUCUCUCUUCUCCCAGCUCCCGUCUCCGAUCCCCUGCACCUCCCUCCACUCGCACCUGACCCAAGCAGACCGCCUCAAGUCGCUCGCCAUGUUCCGCCGCCAAGCUGUCCCGCUUCUGAUCGCGACAGACGUCGGCUCGCGCGGUCUCGAUAUCCCCGAGGUUGCGGUCGUUGUCAACUGGGAGGUGCCACGCGUGCCGGAUGACUACAUUCACAGGGUUGGUAGGACUGCGCGUGCGGGGAGGAAGGGAACGGCUAUCACAUUCGUGACGGAGGGAGACGUCGAGUUGGUGCAGGUGCUCGAGGAGCGGAUAGGUACGCAACUGCAAGAGCUCGAGCUGCCCGAAGAACCCGUUCUCGAGCUGCUCAACUCGGUAUCGAUGGCCAAGCGCAUGGCGAACAUGGAACUGCACUCGGAAGGCUUCGGCGCGCGACAGGAGAACAACAAGAAGAAGCACGGGAUAGACAAGGCGUCGCAGCAGCAGAAGAAGGGCGGGAAGGGACAGAACAAGUCGGCUCAGGCGGCGGGCAAGGGAGGAGCGGUCGGCACGGGGAAGAAGAAGGUCAAGAAGGACAGAGGAGCGGCGGCAGCGUGA